AUGAGAAUUUCAGCCACAAUUGCAAGACAACGAUCAUAUCGCCGACAGACCCAGCACUACUACUACUACUACUACUACUACGACUACUACGACUACUACUACUACUACUACUACUACUACUACUACUACUACUACUACUACUACUACUACUACUACUACGACUACUACUACGACUACUACUACUACUACUACUACUACUACUACUACCACCACCACCACCACCAAGUCCGAUCAUUGCAUUUGCGCCUGUUUGAGUUCCAUUGA